AGUUACCUAAUACAAUUGCGGUAUUGUUUGUGAUAUAAAUUUAAUUCAAUUCAUCGGUGACGGUAUGGGGUCGAAUUAUGUAAAUUGUUAGUCAGCCAGGCUUGCGCCACUCCUGGUAACUAAAGGUGUGUAAAAUUUAGACACUUCUGAUCUAUGGUAUGUAUGUGUAUUUACUUGCCGAUAUAAAAGCAUUUCAUGUGCUUUUGCUUGGGAAUGAAAUGGAGAUUAUUUGAAUUUUAGUGCGAGAGCGGCAGUCAGUCGUCCUACCACGUGCAUCGUUGUCGACUCGUAUUCGGGUGUGUACGCAUGCGUUCGUUUUUGUUGAAUCGGCAUCUGGUGUGUAUACUUUGUGAUUUAGUAAUCGCUAAAUAAAAAUGUGGCAGUUUUGACGAUCAGAAUAUCGUUAUUUGAUUCUCAUAAGUGACAAUCUACACCGCAAGACGGGUUCAUUCGCUGAACAAUAUUUAUUGCAGCGGUGCAACCUGCGGAAACUCGAAACGUCGGACUCGGGGUACCCUAUGCUUUUUCAACUACUUUUUGCUAUUACGCGAUUGGGCAGGUCUCCAAAAAAAAAAAUUGAGUUCGUAGUGACGCAAAUGUAAAUUAACGAAAACAAGUGGACACUUAAGACAAUUUUUCGUAAUUAUUUAUGUUUAUAUAAAGUGUAUAGAGACUAAUAAUGAGCAACGCCAGAAGGAAUAAUUUGAAGAAAUUCUCCUUUAUAGGAUUCCAGGAUCGUUCAUUAGUGAAUAAUGGCAGCACUAGCAAUGGUGGAGCCGCACAGCUUGAUGAAGAAUGUGCAAAAGUAUUUGCCAUGGAUAAUGAUUCCAUGGGCUUCGAUUUCCACGAUCCUCCUUUCUUUGGUUUGCCAAAAUACGGGGAAAAAGAUUACAUUCAUCACCGACAUGCUUACCCACACAUGUAUGCUCCGCUUAAAAUUGGUUCGAAGUCGAUGAAACGACGCAUUUCUCAACCAACGACGCCCGUUCCCUCCAACCUCGGUACCCCAACGGGCUCAAUAACCGAAUCGCCUACAUUGGAAUUGAAACAAUCUGAUACGGUAAACCAAACAGAAAAUCACCAACUCGGUUGGGUGUUACCACAAGAUAAAAAAGCUGAUCUGGAUACAUCUAAAAGUUCCACUACAGAUUCACCCCCUGUUGGUAUAACAGAUGUCAGUAACGUACAUUCAACUUCCCAACGAGAAUCUGAUUCGGAAUCAGAAUGCGUGUUAUCUGACCCCUGCAGUUAUCUCAACCGCGAAAACAUUGAAGGUUCUCCAGAACGAAAAGUAUCUUUUUUACACAAUGAAAACGUUGAUAAGUUUGACAUAGACGGUCUUAAAGAUAAGAAAAAACGUAAACAUCACCAUCAUGGGCACCAUGCACACCGUUCAAAGUUCCGGAAAUAUUCUCUACCCACAGAUACCAAACACUAUCAAAAAGAAAAUUCUGAUGUUAGUUUCAACAAAUCUAGAAGAAUAUCUACUCAACCGGAAGACCAAGACCUGACGCCUAAUGAUAGAAAUCAAUUGGACAGUCAUAGAUCAGAUGAUCCCCGCGCUCUUAGAAGACCUAAAACGACGCAUAAGGGAUCCCUUAUGCACGUUGGAAAAGUAUCUGAUUUACAUCCUUAUCUCAAAAAGCUUUACGAUCAUAGCCCUCAUGCGAUAUUCGUUGAAUUGGCAGAGUAUUUUAACGGAGAAGCGACAGAAGAUCGUGAAUGGAAGCAACGAGCUCGAUGGAUCAAAUACGAAGAAGAUGUAGAAGAAGGAGUAGACAGAUGGGGUAAACCACACGUUGCUUCCCUGAGUUUUCAUUCUUUACUGAACCUCAGGCGAUGUUUGGAAGAAGGAUUGGUUAUUCUCGAUAUGGAAGAAAAAGAUUUGCCAGGAAUAGCUUACAGGAUAUCAGAGGAUUUGUAUAGGGAGGAUUUGAUAAAGGAAGAGGACAAGGCGAGAGUAAUGAGAACGUUGCUACUUCGCCAUAGACACGUUAACGAUCACCAAAGUUCGGGAUUCAGAUUUGCCAAUAAGAAACAUUCAUCCUUACAAUCCCUCUGGUUAGAAGAUGGAGUUAGUAUCGAUGCUGCUUCGUUGAUGUCUCGUUGCUCGUUGUGUUCACAACAGGGGCAACUACGAUUCCCGCAGCAGCUUCCUAGAGGCUCAUCUUUUCCACACAAUUUAUUUGAAGCAGAAAAACGCAAAGUAAGUUUCUCCAUAGACGGUACGUUAAAAAAUGGCGAUCCAUCUGGUGACGCUCUGUUAAAAUCAAAUGACAAACCUCAUACCAUACUAGAUUUGAAAGAUGGAGAAGGGUUAUUUUUUUCCACCAGUAGCGAAGAUAUCAGAAAAGCUCGCAAUGACGCUUUAUUUAAGAAAAUUCCUGUUGGUGCCCAAGGAUCCACGGUUCUUGUUGGAGAAGUAGACUUUUUGGAACAGCCAGCUAUAGCAUUCGUACGGUUGGCAGAAGGAGUGAUUAUUCCUUCUUUGAUUGAAGUUGACAUACCAGUAAGGUUUAUUUUCCUUUUGCUUGGCCCAAAACUGCCUAAUAUCGAUUACCGUGAAGUUGGUCGUUCCAUAUCAACCUUAAUGGCCAACCAACAAUUCCACAAUAUCGCUUACAAAGCAGAGACUAGAAAAGAGUUACUUUCAGCAAUAAAUGAGUUCCUAGAUGACAGUAUUGUUCUGCCACCUGGCGAUUGGGAGCGACAAGCCUUACUUCCUAUUGAAGAAAUUAAGGCUAAAAGUGAGGCUAUAAAAAGGAGGAAGGAAAAUGCUUUGAGAAAAGCUCAGGAAGCUCAAGGAAUUAUAUCGACCCCUCUGUUAUCUCAAGAUGAAGAAAAGAAGCCUCCUUUCGACGACCCUCUACAACGUACCCAUCGACCAUGGGGCGGUUUAAUAAGAGACUUAAAGCGUCGUUAUCCAUUUUACAAAAGCGACAUUACUGACGGUCUAAAUGCUCAAUGUUUAGCCGCUGCGGUUUUUAUGUAUUUUGCGGCAGUAUCGGGCGCCAUUGCCUUUGGAGGUCUAACGGGAGAUAAAACAGAAAACCUUAUAGGCAUAUCAGAAACUCUUCUAUGUACCAGCAUAGGAGGAAUUAUUUUCGCAAUUUUCGCCGGCCAGCCCAUGAUUAUAGUGGGUACGACAGGAGCACUUCUACUAUUCGAUCAGAGUCUGUUCGAAUUUUGCAAAUCCAAUAACAUUGAAUUUUUAGCAACUAGAGUUUUCGUUGGUAUAUGGUUAGGAAUAAUUGGAGUAGUUAUAGCAGCUUUUGAAGGCAGCCUUUUAGUUAAACUAUUCACUAGAUUUACCGAAGAUAUAUUUUCAACUCUUAUAGUAUUAUUAUAUAUAUUGGAGAGUUUGGCAAAAGUGUUUUAUGCGUAUGAGAAGCAUCCAUUGCUGGCGAAUUAUUGUGAUAGUGCUACUUUUCCAAUUGGUCCUAAUGAUUCGGUUAUUGGCGAUAAUAAUACAGACUUGGAUGGUGAAAGACUGGAAGUUAUCAAAGUUCCUAUGAUCGACGAACAUGGAAGUCCCAUCAACCAACCCAACACGGCGCUCUUUUGUACAAUACUCACAUUUGGAACGUUUGCAAUUGCUUACUAUUUGAGAAUGUUCAGGAAUAGUCAGUUUUUAGGAAGAAGUGCUAGAAGAGCACUAGGAGAUUUUGGAGUACCAAUAGCAAUAAUAAUAAUGGUCUUUGUCGAUUAUUUGGUCCCAGAAACGUAUACAGAAAAACUUAAUGUACCUGUAGGAGGAUUGAAACCGUCAAAUUCUGAAAGAAGGGGAUGGUUUAUAUCUCCAGCGGGAGUACCUAUUUGGAUAAUGUUUGCGUCGGUAGUUCCAGCUGUGCUCGUUUAUAUAUUAUUAUUUAUGGAAACACAUAUUUCUGAGUUAAUAAUCAGCAAACCUGAACGGAAAUUGAAAAAGGGCAGUGGUAUCCACUUAGAUAUCGUUAUUAUUUGUCUUACUAACAUUAUUUGUGGAUUCUUUGGAUUUCCGUGGCUAUGUGCAGCAGCAGUACGUUCCAUCGUUCAUACCUCGGCUCUGACAGUUAUGUCAAGGACCCAUGCUCCUGGAGAAAAACCACAUUUGAUAGAAGUAAAGGAACAGAGAAUGUCUGGAUUUUUUGUCGCUAUCUUCAUAGGCUUGUCCAUUUUUAUGGCACCUCUAUUGAGGUUAGUACCAAUGGCUGUGGUUUUGGGUAUUUUUUUAUAUAUGGGUGUAGCCUCGAUAGAUGGUAUACAAUUUUUCGACAGGACGAAAUUGCUCUUAAUGCCAGUAAAACAUCAUCCACAAGCUUCAUACGUCAGAAAGGUUCGAACGUUGAAAAUGCACUUAUUUACGAUGAUUCAAUUAGUUUGUUUGGUAAUCUUGUGGAUCGUCAAAUCAACAAAAGCGUCAUUGGCGUUUCCAUUCUUCUUAAUCCUGCUGGUGCCGUUAAGAUCACAACUGAACCGUUUGUUUUCUCAAAGAGAACUUCGAGCGCUUGAUGGUGACCAAGCUGACGUAGACGACGAAGAACCUGAUUUUUAUGCAGAAGCGCCGCUUCCUGGUUAAACGCAAUAUCUAUAUAUCAAAUAGCGAGGUCAAAAAACUAAUGUUAUAAUCUUUAUAUAUAAUUAUUAUAUUACAUACUUACAUACUUUUACUUCAUAGUGAAUCUAAUGUCAAGGAAUUAUUAUUACGACGCAAUUUAAAUUCCUAAAGAUGUCCUGAGGUGUGAAAAUAGAAUAUAGGGUUACAGUAUGGUUCGAACACACUACGAAAUUUUAUCGUUUGAGCUACUUUUUUGAGCUAUACAUAAAAUUGAAAUGAUAAAACAAAAUAUUAUAGUUCCAAAGUUCAUGUAUAAUAUAACGACGUUAUAUUAUUCAAAGGAAUAUAUUGAUAUAUGAUAAUUGGGAAGCACAAUGUAAAAAGUUUCCAUUUAUAAGUGAAAACAUUAUUUUAUCAGAAACAGUAAGAAAAACAAAAUUUAAUAAAUAGGAGAUAUCAAGUUCUAAAGCAGAUUAAACUGGUUUUAUUUAAUGUAUUGUUACAAUCUCAAAUUACCGGAGAAACAAUUCACUUAAAUUCAAUUUCUGCUUCAAUUAUAUAAAACACAAUAAUCAAUUUUUAUCAAAUCCUAGUAGUUAAAAAUUUGAAGAAAUUUUUAUUUGAAUAGCCAUUGAAUUAUAUUCCCAAAUAUGUACUUUUGGAAAAUCCUUCUCUUGAAUAAAUUACGUGUUAUACAACAUUGUAUGUAUUAGAAAAACCCAAACUAUAUCUCCAACAAGGUACUAAGUAUGUUCGUUCAGCUUAGGGUCUUCUUCUCCAUUACACUUUUUGCAAUAGUUGUUCAUUUCCAAUUCCUGGAGUUUUGUGCAAUCAGUACCAAUGGUUUCCUAAAUUAAGUAUAUCCUGAAUUUUCUAUUCUUUUUUGUUUUCUUCUGAUUGAUCCUUGGUUAAAUCGAUCUGGAUAUCGUGCAAUCACAUCUGUUUCAACACCAUAUUCUGAGGUUGGUCUGUGAUUCCUGUGUUAGUAACAUUAAUAAUUUCAUCGGUAGUGACGCUGUGACUGUCUCAUCGGCAUCCUCUCGUCUUAUUUUUACAAAUUUAUCUGCUUUAGAGUUUCCUUCCACUUCUUAGUGACCGGGUGUACCCAGCAAGAAGCUUACUUGUCACCAAUCCAAGAGAGAGCCAGGCAGCAGCUCAUUACCACUCUUGAUUCUAUAGUAUUUGAUGCUUUUGAAUUAAAAUAAAUUCACAACAAUCAUCAAAAUUUACAUUUAUCGAAUUGGUUUCAGAGCCUAUUAGGUAGAUACAGAGAAAAAUUGAUGUAAAUAGAACUGCAAACGGCUCUCCACUCACUUUAUUUCUUCAAUUUUUUAUUACUAAAAAACAUUUACCUAAAUCAUCAAAAUUUACAUUUAUUUAAUUGGUUUCGGAGCCUAUUAGAUAGAUACAGAGAAAAAUUGAUGUAAAUAGAACUGCAAACGGCUCUCCAUACACUUUAUUUCUUCAAUUUUUUAUUACUGAAAAAUAUUUACCUAAAUCAUCAAAAAUUACAUUUCUUAAAUUGGUUUCGGACCCUAUUCGAUAGAUACAGAGAAAAAUUGAUGUAAAUAGAACUGCAAACGGCUCUCCACUCACUUUAUUUCUUCAAUUUUUUAUUACUGAAAAACAUUUACCUAAAUCAUCAAAAUUUACAUUUAUCUAAUUAGUUUUAGAGCCUAUUAGAUAGAUACAAAGAAAACUUGGUGUAAAUAGAACUGCAAAUGGCUCUUCAUUCACUUUUUUGCUUCAAAUUAUUUUAAUAUUGAAUCUUUUUGUGUACAAAAUCCAAAAUUAUUUAUUUUUCUAAGAAAAACAUGAUGAAUUAUUUUUUUAAACUGUAUAUCCAUAGUAAAUAAUCCACAAGAUUAACAAUAAAUUCUAUUUUUCUGCAUAAUGCAUAGUAUUGUAUUAGAUGAAGUGACUAUUGAUAAAUUUCAAUGCAAAUUAUAUAUAGUAGGAGCAAAUAUUUCAAUAGUAUUAUAGAGAAACGGCAGGGAAGUCCAAGUGGAGAUUUUGCGGAUUUACUCGAACGUGGUAAAUUAAAAUUAUAUCAGAAUAGUAAAAAAAAAUUGCUAAGUCAGUCAGUAGGUUGUUGAGACUGUUGAUUUACAUUGAACUAAUGCAAAAAUAACUAAAAUCUACAAAAGCAACAAAUGAUGGGUUUAUUGUGUGAAGUUUCCACUUCAAGUCUCCACUUUUUCUCUAUCUCUGACCUUCACACAAUGAAGAUUCUAUUGACAGAAGAGGUUACGUUUUAUUUGGUUCAAAUUUAUUUUCUGAAGAAAUUUCUAAACAAUAUUCCAUACUUGAUAUAACAAAAACAUGAUAAAAGAAUUUAUUGGGAAUUUUUCUCGUAAUUUUGAAAUUUAAUAUACUCUCAAUAAUCGUUUGUAAGAUGAUAAUCAGAAGUAUCCCAGUAUUUGAUUUUAAAAAAAAUUACCCACGAUGCAGCGACAAUUACGAAUCAUCAGUCUUUUGAAUAUGAGUUUUUGAAGGCUUGUUCAACAUCUCCCCUCACAAUUGUCUAUUGUGAAAUAUCAGAUUAGUUCCAACAACUGCCGGAAAUAGUUCAGGAUCAUCCGAAGUAAACGCUUAUCCAAUUUGGGAGUCCCAAAAAUCAUUUAUUUCGGAUUAUCUUGACUCGCCAAGUUUUGAAGUUGACAUUUUUUCGUAUUUAAAUCUUACAUACCUUGUUUACGUCCGAUUUUUUAGUUAUUUUAGGUAUUAAUUUCAUUUGUGUCUAUUUUUUUAUUUUGUUUGCUUCAAAAUAGAAAAAUAAUGAACCGUCCCAUUAUAAAUUCUGAACGGUUCAUGAUUUUAAUUCGGAUUAAUUCAAGAUUUGUUGUUGGAACCUAUUAUUGAACUAUUUAAUCUCCCUCUAAUCUAAACUUUAUAAUAUAUGGCCAUGUGGCUAAAGUAAAUCUUAAAUUAUCUUAUUGGGCUCCCCUACAAUCAAAAAAAGUAGGUUUUAUAUUUUUUUGGAAGUAUAAGAAAGAUAUUGUUAGUGGGUCCUCAAUAUUAAAUUGUAGCCGUUAGUUUUACCGUUUGGAACGGUAGUUCUUCAAUCUAAAAAUUUUAAUUUAAAAACCAAAUUCAGAAUUGUCCACGUGCCUAUAUUAUUACUAUAUCUCCUACUUAAUAAAAAGAAAAAAUCAUGGUGAAAAAAUGGACUGUAUGUAAAGUUCAAAAAUAUAAAAUAUCAGUUACAAAAAAAGAUAGUUGCAAAUCAUUUACCAUUAACUUUGAGAGGUUUUGAUAUACAUGCCAUUUGCAGAGGUUGGUUUGCUAAUUGGAGUAGGAACGGAAAUUUUUUGGCCUCUCAUAAAUGGUUGUAAGGUAGAAAAUAAACAAAAGGAUUUGUCUUACGAUAAAUGAAUGAAUUCACAGAAAGUGGAGCAACUCAAUUGACUAUCCAACUAUUUUGAAAUGAAUAUCUAUUUAUCAAAAACAAUAUGUCUAAAAAAUUAUUAAUCUAAACGACAACGAUUAAAACUAAUUGAAUUCUAAUUAAUAAUCUUGUAUUUUGGUUACCUAAUAGGAAACUAUUACUUCUUUCACUUAUAAUUGGAAGAAAUAUAUUUAUUCCUCAAAAAGAAUUCAUGAAAUUGGAAAAAAUUACGAAACAAGAAUUUAAAUGUAAGUAAACCGUUGGUGUUUCACUGGACUCCUCUUGCACCUCUCGUGUACCCUACUUAUUAAAAUAAACGAUAAAAGGUUUAUCAAAUUUGUCACAAACACCUCAACUUCAACAGUUAUUGGGUAUUUUUGUCAUAAUGGCUUCAAGAUAAGGAAAAACAAAGUCCACAAAUUAAUAAUAAAUUUUUUCUACUACCGUUCGUGAAGUAAGUACUUUAGACAUAAUUUCGAACGCGUAAAACUUUACGCACUUGUGCGUAAAAACAUUUAUUAUUAAGCGUAGCGUAGUAGCUAGAAAACGAACCUCAUGGGAUUUCCCAGGAUCAAGUCGCGCUCAUUCCAGUGCUGUAUUUACAAGGAGGCCGGACGGGUCAUAGUCCAGAGCGGCAAAUUUUGGGGGGGGGCAAAAUUGAUAAAUAAGGUAAAAGUUUUUUUACUUCCGUUUGACCGACCUUUUAAAUUGUCUAAUUAAAACAAAAACCCACGAUGUAGAGGACUGUUCAGUCAGUCAAGAAUGUGCUUGUGUAGAGUAAACUUUUUUUUUGCCCAGAGGUGGUGUGGAAGCUAAAGCUUUUCUCACAACGGGCGGGUGAAAAUGCUGUGAGUUUGUGUGGAGCUUCACCCACUAAACCACCCUCCUCAAUCCUUGGGAGUGUCGUACGCCGGGAGGACAACAAAUUGUCAUUGCAUCAGCGUACAACGCUUAAUCCUUUGGAUUUUUGAGCUGUUUCUUAGCUUCACUCCUCUCCACCAGUCCGUCAAGGCGGCACGAGAAGAGAGGAAGUUACUGAGCCACUCCACCAACUUCAAGGUCUUACAGCUGGAUUGUACAAUGAUAAGAUAGAUGCGAUUCGGGGUGAUGACUACGGGCAAAGCAGGAAGUUGCUUCUAACUUUGCCAACCUUGAAAGCAUCGCACCUCCGCCUGCUCACAAGUCCCCCCCUUCAUUUCAUGGUAUUGGGCAAGGCGGCAAAUCAGGUCUGGCUCGUAGGUGGCAUUUAAGCAUACCGAAGAGAAGACUUGACAAAUUUCAUAACUGCACAAAGUGUACCUUUGAUAUUUGUAUCGUUAAUUACCGAAAUUCGUCUGUUGUUUUGUUAAUUUGUUCUAAUCUUGAUCAAAUCUUUAAAAUCUCAAUAAAUACAUAAUAUAUUUUAUAAAGAAUCAAUAAAAACGUUAUAGUUUCUUCUAAUAAAAAAUUAAACUCGCGCGUAAUGAAAAUUACCAUUAAACUCCUGUAUUUUGGUUUUGCCAGUAGAUAAAAUGUUAAAUGCAAUUCAUGUGUAAAGGCCUUUUCUCGACUUUUUUUUAUUAUCGCAUGAGCCGCAGGCGCAUGAUCUCAGCCGCCUGCGGUUCAGUAUAAUUAGACUCAUUUCUCUAAGCUGUUUAGCUGUAAUUCUUCCACAUUAACGGAUUAUUUUUUCCCUUAAUUUGAAGUUUUAUAGUUUCCAAAGCCAUGUCUACAUAUUAAAAUAAUAGUUAUUAAAAACAAGAGAAUGAAAUGACUGGAUAAUAGUAUGAACACCUGAGAAAAUGACAAUAAUAAAAAUAAUGAGAAAUUAUAUUAACAUACAAAGAAACAAAAUAGAAAACGAACUAUCUUCUUCUUCCAGUGCCUGCUUCACUCUAAUGAAAGUUGGCAAUCAUCCUUUGGAAUAUUCCUCACGAUCUUCAGUCAUGCCUAUUAGAUUUACGGCAUCAAGUACAUGGAACCAAUCUCGAAGGUUUUUCAACCACGAAAAUCUUUUUCUACCAAGGCCGCGCCUAGCUUCUAUCUUCCCUUCCAUGAUCAGCUGUAACAAGGCAUAUUUUUGAUUUCUAAAAAUGUGGCCAAAGUAGGAAGCUUUCCUUUUUACAAUGGUUAAUAGUUUCGCUCUCUGUUCAUUCGUCUUAGCACCUCGUCGUUGGUCACCCGAUCCGUCUAUGGUAUUUUAAGGAUCCGUCUAAAGAGCCACAUUUCAAAAGCUUCCACCUUACGCAUUCUGGAUACCUUCAAAGUCCAGCUCUUAACAUCAUAAAGUAUGGUAGCAUUGUGUUAUUCUCCAGCGUGCUCUUAGGUUAAGGUCAAGACUUGUGAGAAGCGGCUUGCUAUCUCUAUUCUUGUCUUAAUUUCCUCAUCUGGGUCCCGCUCGUCAUUAAGCCAGCUUCCCAAAUACUUAAAACAAUGUACUCUCUUUAUGGGUUGAUUAUUAAUUGUCAGCGACACUUUAUUAAUACUAGUUUUCGAUAUUACCAUGAAUUUCGUUUUUCUAUAGUUCAUUUUGAGUCCGUAAUUUUCGCUGAUAGUAUUUACUCUGUUUAAUAGCUGUUGAAUAUCUUGAAUGGUGUGGGCUAGUAUUACACUGUCAUCUGCAAACCUAAUAUUGUUUAAUAUUUUCCCAUUAAUUUUAAUUCCAAUUUAUCUGGGCCACUUGAUUCCAAUACAUUUAUUUAAUUACAGUGAUGUAUCUACUAUCGAGUCCCAGUUUACUUUAUAAGUUAAUCAGGAUAUAAUGCCUCACAUUGUCAAAAGCCCUUUCGUAAUGUAUGAAGAAAGCUAUUACGGUUGUCUGUUGACCUUGACUAGAUUAAGACUUGUACUGCAAAAAGUGCCUCACGUGUCCCGUGACGAGCUAUAACAAAUAUUAAAGAAAAAGAAUUGAGUCAGUAUUUCUAAAAUUUAUUAAAAGAAGAGAGUCAUCAUGAAGAUGAUAUAAAUGAAAAUGGCACUUUAAAUGUCUAUAAAAUAAAAAAAGCAUGAUGCUCGUUGGUUAUGGUUUUAUUUUGGAGCUAAAGAUAAAGAUUAUCUCAUUGACUAGGACGGUACUGACAAAGACAUAUUUCCCUCUGAAAGUAUUGGGUUGCUAAUUUUUUUUGGUGGUUUCACGUUUGUGUAUGUGUGGGAUCCUGCAGAUAAUUCCGCUUUAAAUUUUUAUAAAUAUGUCUCGCUGAAACCAAAGCAAUGGAAGGUUGGAUACAAUUGCAGCUGCAUUAUAUCUGAUCGUCGGUUAUUUGGCUGAUGGAUUGGUUCACCAGGUCACAAGGAAACCGUAGAAAAUCUAUAACAUUACAAGUGGAGGGUUUGGGAUAUGAAUUUCACCUUGUGAUAGGGGAAUCUUCAAAAAAGACAAAUUAGUUAUCGGGUAGGUCGUGGCCAGUAACCUAAGAGGGGGUGGAGAAGUUUCCUCUUGAGUUUGGAAGAUAGGCGCCAUAGUAAUCCAGGGAGUUUUAGAUUUUGUCGCGAUGUUGCUCUAAUUAAUGGUACGAAUUACAUAUCAGGAUUAUGGAUCGUUUAGACACCUCCGAAUGGAAAGUAAUAUUAGCAGAACCGAUUUUGCUCGGGUAGGCGCGGGACUUGUAUUGUCUGUAAUUAGAAUUGACUGCUCUCAACAAAAGAUCCUUUUUAGAAGGUGUUGGAGUAGGGUUCAGUAGAUGUUUACUCUAUAUUCGAUUAUGGACCGGGUGUAUGAAGCAGGAUAGAGUGGUGGACUCGUCUGAAAUGUGAUUGAUUAAUACAGAGUAGAAUUUAGGUCGGUCGUCCAAUUAAAAGUGUACAUCGUACUUCUAAAUCAAAGACUACUUUGUAGUGGUCGAGGUAUUCUUCCCAAAAUAUCAGGGGGAAGUCUUUGCACAAUUCUAUGACGAUAUCAUGAGGAUUUGGGAUCGAACGUUGAGUGAGCAAUUGUUGAGUGAAAGUAACAUAUAAUUGAACCGUUUCACAAGUUUUUUAUACCUAAAUCUAUUACUUUAACCGAGACUCUAUGUAAUUUUAGCUACUUACUAUCUCAUUUAAAUAUCGAUUGUGUUUAAUUCUAAUAAGUAGGGUAUUUAAAAAUUGGAGUGGAAUCCAGUGGAACAGUUAAGUUUAUUAUAAGUAUCACUACAUUCUAUUGAAUUUUACACUGGUAGGUUAAUCAUUAGUUGGUUGAUGGUGCCACAACCCACAUUCUCAGAUAACAAAUAAUAUCUUAACCUUCUCCUGUAGGGAAUCAUCAAUUUUCAUUGGGAUUCAUGCGCGUUUUUACAUUAAGCGUUUCCAGAAAUUCAUUGAUCACUCUGCUAGUAUGAAGAUGUGUGUGUAAGAUCAUCUUUAAUUGCCCCUCUUCAAGUCUAAUUAUUAGUAGUAAUGCGAAAUAAACACAUAUAAUACUAGUUAAAAUUGGUUGAUUUGGAAAAAUUAUAAUACCUCUUUAAAACAUUAUAGUUUCUCCGUUACAAAUUGGAGCUCGAAAAACCUAAAUUUGUUAUAAAUCUAAUCUAUUUUGGUUUCAUCUAUUAAUUUUCACUGAUUCAAUUUUGAUGUAGUGAAGGUACUAAUUCAAUCAGUUAUUUAUAUUUUGCUAGGGCAAUUCUUAUCGUCCUCGUAUAACUUUAUAAUACAAAGAGUUUUUCGAAUGGAUUCUUUUGGAACUUACCUGUAACUUCCAGCUUUAUGGUUCUUUUGAAAGUUUCUUAAGGCAAUUUUGUUGUUUCACAAGAUAAUAUUAUUGAAAUCGAAAUAAGAAAUAGAAGUAGUUUAAAAUGUACAUCGUAUUUGUUCCUUUUAAACAGAAAUUCUUCAACUGGCAAAAACUACCUUAUAGAAGCAUCUUUUAAAGCUAUUAGAUGGGUUAAUGGGUUUACGGCCGGUUUUCAUUGAAUUAAAUCGCGCGUUUCAUUAUUGAGAUUUAGACUAAUUACUUUUUUUAAUUGAACUUCAAGGUAAAGUGCUACAUUAAGUUCAAACUCAUUCGAAGGCGAAAAAUAUAUCGACAGAUAAAAACCUACAAACUGUAUCUGAUGCUUGGCUUCGGAUUCGUAACAUUAUAGCUCGAUGACCAGGUCCGUUCACGAUCAGACAAUAUUCAAUAAUAAUUCUUUGAGAAGGUAGUUUCAGGAAGAAAGCUUUGGAAGACAUCUUUUAGUAGAUGACACCGGAUAUCGCAUUCAGAGACACCUCAUGAUAAAAUUGGAAAAAGUGAAUACAAACGGGGAAAAUUUAUACAAAAAUUCUAUUAUGGAACGUCGUAGAAAUAAAAUUGGAAACACAUAUUGGAAAAUGACAGAGAAUUGUCAACCUCCUUUCAACGUCUUGAAAGUUCUACUUCAGAGACGGUUACAAAUCGAUUAUAGGAUCAACAACUAAUUUAAAGGGCCUUUUAAUUUAAAGGAACUUUUAGUUAAGGCGCUAGUUAGGGUGAGUUUAUGAAACCGGCCGUUAGUAUAAAGUAUUAACAAAAUAAUAAUUUUAAAGGAUAUUUACUUACAUUCAGCUUAAAGUUUAAUAUUUAGUAUUAGAGGAAGGCACAUAGAAAAAAAUAUACGAAGAAACGUGGAGGGCCUAGUCACUAAUAGUGACCAAAACUCAAGGUAAUUUUUGUAGUGAACAAAUAGUAGUUUUUUCUAAAUGUAGAAAAUGUUGUAUCGGCGUAUCACACACUUCAUCCGAUAACAUGGGCUUGAAUUACAAUGACUAAAAGACAAGUAGAUACAGACACCUGCUAUCUUGAGUUUUCUAUAGGAAACUAACAAUUAUUUAAAGCAAAUCUCUUUUUAACUGAUAAUAUGGUAUUUUGCAAAUGCAGUAGUAAGUGAACUUAACUCAGUGAAGUUGGUACAACUACAUGUAUUUUUCAUAAAAAAUUAUAUAUUCAUUGAAUUUCAAUAUAAUUUUUUUAACAGGGAAGUAAAAUCUGGUGAAUUUGAGAAAAUAUAAAUUUGAAGAAAUCAAUUAAGGCCCAAGUUUAUGAGUGUUUAAACGUCAAUUUAAGCUACAGAUAUUGACUUUUUCUUGUUUUAUGGAUGGUUUCACAUGAAGUGGAGGAUCCGAAUCUAACUUUUUCAAAUUGUUCACAUUUUUUCAAUAUUAGAAAGAGUUUUGGUAAAAUGAUUUUAUGAUUUACAUUUUAUAUUUGAUGAACUCCAAGAUGAUGAUCAAGAAAUUAUCGACAUUGUCGACUCGUCGAAAAAACCAAAAGUUAUUCGUCAUAGAGCAAAUAUUUAAAUUCUCUCACUUCUUUUUCAAAUUUGUUGUGCUUCUAUCGAAAACAAUUAUUUGUAUUUUUUCCACAAGAUUAACUAAAAGUACUACUCCAUUAUCAGAUAAAUUGAAAUGGCAAAUUGUUCUUUAUUCAUUUUUGUUUAUAAAACUCUCUCAAACAAUUCCAAUUUAGAGUAAAUAUCUGAAAAAUUUUGGUUAUAUUUGUAACAACUGUUAAAAAAAUGUAUUUAAUUAGUUUGAACUAAAGCUCAGACCAUAGUUUGAAGUUUAUAUUAGUUUCAUGGUCAAAAAUGAAUUGUAUUGGCUCUUCGCGGAGAUGAUGAAAGCGAUACUUGGAACGUAUUUCUUGGACUAAAUGUUUCAUUUGAAUUAGAUAUAAUCUCAUAACAUGGUUACCUGAACUGUUAAAUAUAUUUUAAUUGCGAAUUUUUCUCAAAGACGAUAAAAGUGUGGUCAGUAAAGUUAAGUUAAGAAUGAUCUAGGUGAGAUACAAAGUAGUCUUGGGUCGCAAUUGUUCCAACAAUUCAUCAUUUUAGCAACAAAGCUGACUACAAAAAUUCCACAAGUUAAAUUUUUUUGUAAACAUUGCCAAACACCCAAAAUUUUCACCAAGAGCCAAUAAAGGACAAAUAAAGUAUGUCAUGUAAUUGAUCUAAAUUGUUCUUGGUAGUCCCUUUUGUUCUGAGAUCUAGUCUCAAAGUAUGUCAUGUAAUUGAUCUAAAUUGUUCUUGGUAGUCCCUUUUGUUCUGAGAUCUAGUCUCUUACAUCGUGAGACGUCUCGGUAAAUUAUAUCCCAAGUAUCCUGAUAUUAUUAUUACUUUUGUUAUUUGGGCUUUUAAUUCCUUCUUCAGAUUCUUAGUGCCUGGCUUUGUCCCUAUAUAUGUAAACAACUUGUUCUACAUUCUGAUAGUUCAUCCUUCUGAAUAUUCAUCUUAUUCAUUACUAAAUUUUGAGAUUGUUAGUUUCCUAGAAAAUUCCCUACUAUUGGUAAAAAAACAAAAUAAUCGAAUGACAUCGACGAGCAUCGAUUAUAAUUUUAUACUAUAUUACAUAACAAGAGUUGUAAGUAACCCAUGACGCACAAAGUGAAAAAUUUUAUGUACGAAGCCGCGCGUAAUGGGCUUACAGCUCGUGUAACGAACUAUACUUUUUCUACGCCCAUUUAUAGCAUACUACUUGAGAAAACGCUAAUGCUGAAAGUUUUUGUUUUUUAAUUGACUAAAUUUGUGUGAAUAGACCAAAUAAAGUCGUACUUAAAUAAAAAUUUAAUUAAACCAAGACUUUACAUUAUUUGUGAAAUAUAUGUUCUUCUGAUGAAGUGUCUUGCAUUACGAUUGAAAAAAUGAUCUGUUGAUUAAAAUAUCUGUAUGAAAUUAAGAGAUAAGCCUGUGCAAUGUACUGUGAUUGAUCUGAAUAGUAAGCGUAAGAAAACUGAUUUCAACGUAGUCCCAACAAAAUGUAGUUUCAAUGUAGGAAAAAAAUCAAAAUAAAAAACAAAGUACAACAAAAAAUGUAAUAGAAUAGUUCGUAGAAUAAAACUGAUUGAAAAAAUAUUGACUAGGAAGUUUGAAAAUAUUGGAGACGGGCAAUUUCUUAUUUAAAAUUAUAUCAACAACGCAGGUUUUUUUAUAUUUUUUUAGUACUAAUACUGAAAAUUCUCAAUUGUGGUUUGGAAAAAAAACUUCGGAAGGGAGACUGUUCUGACUAUGAGUAUAGAAAAGUCUAUGACUGUUAAUCACAUGACGAAUCUGAACUAGGUUUGUUGUGAAUAUUAUCAUCGGUAUCAGCAAAAAAGAUGGAUGUAGCUAUCAGGGGCGUAGCUAACGCCGUAUCAGCCAUAUCAAUGAUAUGGCCCCCCCGGGCUACUGAGGCCCCUAACGUGUGUAAAAAAAAUAGUAAAAUGUUAUCCUAAUGUCACUUAAGCUCGUGUUUCCCGGGAAAGAACAUAUAAAAAACUGUCAUACGUCUCUAGAGAGUUUUUAGAGAAAUUGCAAAAAGUCAAAAUAGCAAUCUCUUUUUUUCCCGGGUUAAGCACUGCGAGUCCAAGUGUGUUAUUCUUGUAAAUACUUUUAACGCGCUAAGCCUCUUCAAUGUUAAAUGCCGUACACAAACUAUAGAUUUUUCUUAGUGAUUGCCAUAUUUUUUUCUUUACUAUUUGAAAUCAUUAAUCCUGUUUCUAAAGCUCUACAGCAUGAAAAUAAUGAUUUACAGAAAGCUAGUAGCUCAUUAAGUAAUCUUUUGAAUAGACUGAGCGAAAUAAGAAAUCAAAAUUCAUUCAAUUGUUUGGCUAAAUGAGUCCAGAGAUUUAGCAAAAGAGCGGAACGUAACAACUGUUUUUAAAAAUAAAAGACGAAAAAAAACGAAGCGUUUUUCUGAUGAGUUAUCACAAGAUGAGAGAAUUUCAGACCCGGAAUUAUAUUUUAAUGUCAAUAUAUACUAUUGCUGUUUAGAUAUAUUAAUUUCUCAAACUAAACAAAGAUUUGAGAGCCUUUAUGACCUGAGUAAUAUGUUCGAAGUAUUACAACCUAUCUUCUUCAAACGAAGUGAUAAAAAAUGCUUCCGGAAAACUGUCGGCUGAAACUGUAAAGAUAUUUCAGUUAACCUGUAUGAACAAAUAAUUGCUCUGAAAAAAAGCUAAAAAUCUAAAAUUCAUUCCAUUAAGGAACUUAUGGAAUUAUUGCUGAUAAAAUUCAAUCACCUUGCAUAAAGUUUUCUAGAGGUAGUAACAGCACGCUUUCUAUUCUUGACACUUACAGUUACGACAGCAGAAAGAAGUUUUUCAAAAUUAAAACUGAAAUUACCUAAGGACUUCGAUGGGGCUGGAACGGCUAUCAGACUUGUUAGAAAAACUGAAAUCGUCUUCAACUAUAGAUGAUUUAUAAAUCAAUUUGCCGUAAAAAUGCAAGAAAAGUGUACAUUUAAUUUGAAUUGUUUGGCUAGCUCAAUUUCUAGGAGGAAGCGAUAACGUAUAAUCAAUAAAUACUCAUUUUAACUAAUUUUGAUACAGAGCCACUCCAAAGCACGCUAAACCACUGAGAGCUAUGAAAGACUUUAUCUUGGUGACAUUGACAAGAGCAAUGAUCAUAUUUUCCAUUCGGUGAUAGUAUAGAAUAGGUAUUUUCCUAUGUCAUUGGAUAUUUAUUCAUUUUUCUAAAUUCAGUUGAUUCAGUGUCGUAUGUCGUUUCUUCUUCUUCUUCUUCUUCUUCUUCUUCUUCUUCUUCUUACGUUAGGACUAGGUCCUGUAUUUUCAUCAAGGGUUCGCCAUGGCGUAGUUGAGAUGCUGAGGACCAGCUUUCAUACCACCUUAUAGGUAGUCGUCCAGGAGGUCGAGUUGUGUCUGGUUUCUUUUCCUUUGCAAUUUUUGCUAACCGUUCAUUCGGCAUUCUGUCAACAUGGUCUCUCUAUUCUCUUUUGCGGCUCCUUGCCCAUCUUACUACAUCCUGAAUAUCGCACAUGUCCCUUAUUUCUUCAUUUUUCUUCCGAUCGAGUAACGUAUGUCCUGUUAUUGAUCUCAGAGUUCGCAUUUCUGUUGUUCUUAGGAGCCGUUUAGUGGUUGUGUUCUCCACUCUAGUUUCUAUUUCUUACGCAAGUUUUAUAUAUUCUAAUUUUACAUUUUGUGCUCAUGUAUUUAUUUCGCCAAAUUAAAUCUCUAAGGUAUCCUGAUAUUAAUGCUGCUUUCGUUGUUUGUGCUUUUACUUCUUUCUUUAGAUUUCUAUCGCUUGUUAUGUUUGUCCCUAGAUAUUUGAAGGACAUCACUUCUUCUACACUCUGAUCGUAAAUCGCUAGUUUACAUCUUCUCGGUUCUUUAGAUAUUGUCAGAGAUUUUGUUUUUUUUUGUGGAUAUACGUUAUAUCUCAAAAAACACGAUUUUUCAGGAGAGUUAAUUCUAAAGUUUAAAAGUAGAAUAAAAUGAAUUCAAAGUAAUUUUUCAGACUCCAAUUGAUUUUUUUACUAUGCAUCACCUCUUUUCAGAUAAUAGCCGAUAAUUUUUCUGUGUUUGAAGAAAAAUUUGUACAAAAUUUUUAAAUUUUAAAAGACUGCUUUUUAUUUAUGACGUUAUUUUCCCAACUUUUUGAUGAGGUGCUUGGAGUAUGUCAAACUAUGUCGAUAUUGUCAGUGAAAUAAUAAAAUUUGAAAAUUUUACAUUGAAGUAUCUUGAGCUAAGCCAUUCUUGCAGAAAAAUCAAUUCCAAAUAGGCAGUUCAUUCCUUAUAUUUUAAAUAAUUACUUUUAUUUCACCUUCCAAUGGAAUGCUAGUAAAACAAAAGAAUGAAUUUGGGAAAGGCAACAGAAUUUCUGUCAAUUAAAACACAAAUAAAAGAUUUAUUGUUUUAUUUUCUCAUACAAAUUAUCACAGAAUAUAAUUAUGGUAGAAAAAAAAAAACAAAUUAAACAGAAUAAGAAAAUAUUAUGUACGUACAAAAUAUAACCAUUCAAAAGUUAUAAUAGGUAAAAGUAUUUGAAUAUAACAUUUAAAAAUAAUUUUAAAGAUUCUCAAAAAUGUUUUAUAAACAUUUGGUAUAAAUUUUUUUUCAAUCGGGUCGCAUCAGGUCAUUCCUUUUUUUGUAUUAUAUUUUGGGUUUUUCGUCGAAGGCAUUAUCUUUGCUGAUCAAGGUUUUCAUGAAGUCAGGUUCUGCAUAAGAAUGUUUAUAAAAAAACAGAAUUUGGCGAAUCUUGUUGAACUCUCAUUACUUUAAUGUCUAAGAAUUUGACUGGCUGAUCUUGCUUAUUUUAGACUAAUCGAAAAGGACCUAUAUCAGAGAUUAAACAUUUCAAGUCAUAGAAGUCUUCAUACAAAAGUUCAUGAACAUGAAAAAAAUGUUGUGAAAUCUCAUAUUAUAGUCUAUGUUCCUUAAAAUUUUCUUUCCUCCACUUUCUUAAAGCUAAAGCUAACAUUUUUUUUCCUCGAGACGUCAUCAUAAUGAUCAAACUUAAAAUGAGAAACGUCAAUUACUAAUUAAAGACAAUCCAUAAAGUAGCAAGCUACAUUCAGUAACGACGUAAAACAGUAGGUUUUUUACUUCUACUUUUUUCAAUAUAAGCGGCUGACUUUUUAUUGAAAGAGUGUCACAAAACAAAUUGAUCAAAAGCCAUUUUGUAUAAGGGAAAAAGCAUUAUUGGCAAUAGCGUCAUAAGUCAAAAUAAGACAAUACAUUUCACAAACUGACUGUGCAAGAACGCCAUAAAUCAGAUAUAAAACAGAAUAAUAAGUUUUUCAUUUCCCAUACAAUACUGUCCUAAAUCCAAUUAGUACAUUUUUUAUACAAAAAUAAGACUGGAAAUUGCACUUACCUUUUGUGCAAUACUGUGUUCUGAAGAAAUAAUCCAUUUUUGCACUGAUAUUUCUUCUUAAACCACUCAAGACCAACUUGCUCGUGACGCUCUUGAAAUAAACACUGAGGAAUAUUUUAUAAUGCAGAAACAACACUACUGGUCUCUAGAGGCCAAGUAUUGAGUUAAGAAUAUGACGAUUUUGCAAGGACAUUCUACUCUUUCAGUACAAUCAGAAAAUAAUCAUAGCUCCAAAUUGCCGAUUUUUGAGAUAUAACGUUGUUGAAAGGAGUGAGCGAUAUAUUCUGAACUUUAUAAGUAAAUAAGACACCCCACCCCUUUAUCUAAGUUGCUUUUCUGCCUUUUGGUUCACCAUCUAUUAUCUUCCCUUAAUAAAAUUGUGCAUAAGAGCUUCCUAUGGGAUUGUAUUCAUCAUGUUUCUUGAGCUCAGUCCUGUUAAUAUGUCUUCAAUCUUUUGAGUUGAGUCACUUUUUGCUUAUCAUUUUUUUCAAACUUGAGAAGCUAUUUAUUAUGGUGUCACAUUUUACUAGAGAAUGAGGUAAUGUCGUGUAAUUUAUGAUAUCAGAAGAAAGUCUGACAGAUUUAGAUAGUCCUAUUCUUUGUAGAAGAGUCCUUGGUCGUAAGUCAACUAGAGUUUUAGCCAAUCUCAAGGCAAUUUCACAAAAAUUUGUCAUUUUUUCCCUCAUUCGAAUAUUUUAUCAACAAAUUUGGUUGAACGUUAUUUAUAUCAUAUUUUCACAAACUAUUAUUGCGUGGUUUGAUUGGUAUUUUCAAAAUUAACACCAUUUUCAUCUUGACAAUAACCGAAGCGAUUUUGGAACUCUCGUACAACAUUUUUAAUGACAUCAGAGGUUAUUUUGUUAAUUUCUUCCGGUGUCGUAACUUUUAAAUCAGCAAUAUUACAUGCCAUAUCAAUAAUUGAGAAAGAAAGAAAUACCAGUUGAGAAAGCCUCAUUCAACUUGAAUAAUAUUUUUCAAAACUGCGUCACAAGGUGGAACACUUUUUAUGUGGUGGAGUUUUUAAAAAUUGGGGAUUCAUACUAUGGCGUACUCAAAGAGUGGAAAUUCGUUCAAAAAAAGCACACGAAAAACCAAUUUCAUGAUUUUACUCAUUCUAGUAUUAACAAUCAGCAACAAAUCUGAUAUGAACAGUCUUUCCCCUACCGAAGAAGCCGGCGAAAUGUUUGAUAUUUCACUUGGUUUUAAUUCGAGUUUUUUCUCUUUCAAAAAAUGUCAUUUCAGUUGUAAAUUGAUUGUUUAAUUAUUAUUAAGUGUAAAUAUUUGAAACAGUUUCGGAAAAUGCCCAUCUCUACACACGUAUUUAUUUUUUUAAUUAAAUAUAUGAAGUUUAUGAAAAACAUAAUGUAAUACUCCUAUAUGGACAGUUUCUAUAAGUGGAAGCUGUUCCGACUAACGAAGACAGAAUGACAACAAUUUCUCUAUCCUCCGAGGUUCCAGCUCGGUUCUGCGCAAUCUCAAGCAUGCGCAGUAUAGAUAAAGUAUCUCGAACGAGAGAGAAAAUGAAUAUUGUCGGAACGGUAACGUAGGGACGUUUUUUUACUAUACCAACUGUCCAUAUAGGAGUAUUACAUUUAUGAUAAAAAGUUGAAUACAAUACUCUGCGUAAGUGUGACAUCGAAGUUAGUUUAGGCCAAUGUUUUGGUUCUAAACAAAUCAAUUUUGAUGAGUUGUACCAGAUUGGGAUUGAUAUGUUAUCUAAUAAACAGGUUUUCGAUAAGCGAAUGAAUAACAACUAUACUAUAUUACCAAAAUAAAUUCAUAUACAAGGUCGUCGCCAAGGGGGGCAGGAAGCAAUUGCCCUCCCCUAGAGAUCAAAUGUAGCUAGCCCCAAAGCGACCAGAGUCCUAAGGCCGCACGAGCAAUUGGUUCCCUUAGCAAUAAAUUCCGCAUCCCAUGAAAAAUUAACGUUUAAUGUAUAUUGUAGAAAGUAGUGAAAUAUUCAGAAUAACAUUCAGAUUUUGACAUCCGUUUUUGAAAUCGCCGUCAUUUUCAUCACGACUAUAUCAGAUUUGCGAAAACGCAAUGCCAUUAAGCAUUGUGGACGUGGUCAAAGCCUCCGAAAACGUUAAAAGGAUUUUACUUUUGAUUAAAAACCACCAUGAAAAUCUGGAAAAAGUAACAGACGAAAUUAUAAAGGAAGCUGUUGUUGUAGAAAAUCGGGAAAACAACGUCAUAGAAGAGAUCAUCCAACAGAAAGCCCUUCAGAAUACUGGAAGAGGUCUUUGGUAAUACUAUGCUUGAAGUACGUUUUGCUGAAGAAAACACGCCAUCAUUCGCAUUAUCUAAGUUACACCUGGCGCAGAUAAAAAUGAUUUCAACUGAAAAUCUGAAACAAACUUGUGAAUCUAUUGCCCAGUUUUAUGAUUUACCGAACAUAAAGAAUGAAAUCGAACUUUGUCAGCAAUUGUAACUCGAAAGGCUUAAUCUAACAAAUCUACAGUUGGUGAUAUCCUGAAAUAAACAAAUUUUUUCUUUUCCGAAACGGAAAAAGCAUUAAAAAUUUUGAUCGCUUUACCAUGCGCGACCUGUACAGUAGAGCCAUCGUUUAGCAGCCUCAGAAGACUAAAAACAUGGCUAAGAAGCACUAUGGCAGAAGUUCUCCUCAAUGGUCUAGCUAUGAUGACUGUACAUAGAGCUAUAAUAAAUAGAAACCUAAAUAAUUUUAAUGACAAAGUGGUUGAAAGUUUUGUAAAACAUCCCCGCAUGUUAUGUUUUAAUUGAAUAUUAUUUUUGUUAAAAUAAAUAAUUAUUACAAUUGAUUUAGUUAUUGUCGAGGUCUUGUGAAGUUUUAUACAUUCAUAUUGGUAUUAGAACCGUUUUUAUUACAAUCGUCAUCGAGGCAAAGGCUUCCAAAGUGUAAGCUGGCGACGCCCUUGUUCAUAUACAUUUAUAAUCAGCGGAAAACAUCAAAUUUCAAUGGUAAAAAUAUUUAGACUGAUUCAAUGUACCUAUAUUUAGUAGUUAUAAGCCUGAACGGUUUAUUAGAGACUGUAAUAACUUCAAAAUAAUGUAAAAUUGCCUCAUUAUUCAAUAGAAGAGUUUGAUUUGUUUGGAAUCCGGACAUUUACAAAUAACAUGUCGUUACUACUAAUGCGAAGUAUUCUUAAAAAAUAAAUCCAUUAUGAGAGUCUAUAUAAUUUGAAAACUUAUCUACACUGCCCUUCCACAAACAAUUUAUCUUAAAAUGUUCCUGACAGCACUUAAGUUGGGCAAAAUUAUAGGAUCUUCAAGUUCUAGAAAUAAUUGUCAUAAGAGUAACUAAUACUAAAGUUGGUGACACAAAAAUAAAAUACCGUAAAAUUUGUAUUGAAUAACACAUGAAGAAAAACGAUUUGAGGAAUGUGAAAUUGAAAAAUAAAUUAGCAUAUUAAUUAUUAAACAAAAUUCUAGUGACGAUGGUUAGCUUUGAAUUUACCAAAUUAAGUGGUACUGUUAGAAAACGAUGAAUAAAUCUCUGAUAUUCAAACAAACUAUGUUCACUGGGUUCACAAUGUCUGGGUCUUGCAAGAUGAAUUAGAUUAAUCUAAAUUCAUUGAGGUAAUCGGUAAUUACUUGCUUUGUAUGUGUAGUAUUGGAUUGUCUUCUUCUUCUUCUUACGUUAGGACUAGGUCCUGUAUUUUCAACAAGGGUUUACCAGGAGUAGUUGGGAUGCUGAGGACCAGCUUUCAUACCACCUUAUAGGUGGUCGUCCAGGAGGUCGAGUUGUGCCUGGUUUCUUUUCCUUUGCAAUUUUUGCUAACCGUUCAUUUGGCAUUCUGUCAACAUGGUCUCUCUAUUCUCUUCUGCGGCUCCUUGCCCAUCUUACUACAUCCUGAAUAUCGCACGUGUCCCUUAUUUCUUCAUUUUUCUUCCGAUCGAGUAACGUAUGUCCUGUUAUUAAUCUCAGAGUUCGCAUUUCUGUUGUUCUUAGGAGCCGUUUAGUGCCUAGUUUCUAUUGCAUAUGUCAUGACCGGCCUUACGCAAGUUUUAUAUAUUCUAAGUUUACAUUUUGUGCUCAUGUAUUUAUUUCGCCAAAUUAAAGGUAUCCUGAUAUUAAUGCUGCCUUCGUUGUUUGUGCUUUUACUUCUUUCUUUAGAUUUCUAUCGCUUGUUAUGUUUGUCCCUAGAUAUUUGAAGGACAUCACUUGUUCUACACUCUGAUCGUAGAUCGCUAGUUUACAUCUUCUCGGUUCUUUAGAUAUUGUCAGAGAUUUUGUUUUUUUUUGUGGAUAUUUGCAUGUUGUACUUGUUCGCUAUUUGUUGGAAUUUAUAUAGGACUUCUGUAGGUUAUCUUCGUCUUCCGAGAUGAUUACUGCGUCAUCAGCAUAACAUAUUAUUUUUAUCUCUUUGUCUCCCAUUCGGUAUCCUCUCCCGGCUUGCUUUACUUCGUUGGAUUGGAUUGGAUUUAUUGGAUUGUCAAUCAAUAAUAUCAAUCCAUCUGCUACGAAACGUGUAAUGGAUAGUUUUCUAGGGAAUUUUUAAGUACCCUUAAUAUGAGCUGCUUAUACCAGUUGCGUAACAAUAGGGUGGCAAGACGGGCAAAAUGGCACGGGCCUCCUACUUAAACCAGCCCGUGAGCACAGGAGAGAGUAAAAUUUAUUAGUUUUAUUACCAAUUAUUUUAAGUUACCUACGUGCAUUCACAAGUUAAAAAACAAUAUCGAAAUCUCAAUAAAUCAGAUUUAGAACCAUCCAGUAAGGGAGUAGGUAAUAAAAUCCUUAUUACGUUUAAACGCAGUGAGAGUACUUUGAGAAUUUCUUUAUUCUUUACAAUUUCGUUCUCAAUACCUUAGGGUAAGAUGGAGAAAUGGCGGUAACUUGAGCAUUGAUCCAUUUUUUUAAUUUAUUUUAGAGACUUACGGCAUAUGUGAUCAUUUGUUUACAGAGCCUAUAUAGUGGACUAAAGGUAUAGAACAAUACAAGGUGUCCAGAAAGGGUAUCGGGUAUUUGUAACUUCAAGUAAACAAAAAAUAUUUAUAAGCAAUAAAAACUUUGUUUGUUUUUUAAUACCAUAUGAAUUGGAGAAUUAUUUGGACAAGAUGAUGUUAUCCAAAUGAUGACCGUUACGUUCUUGGCACUCUUCUAAACGGGAACGAAGAUUGGCGAUAACACGAUAACAAUUGGGUUAGGUUCUUUGGAUUAUUUUGAUAAACCGUACUUUUAAGGCAUCCCCAUACAAAAUAGUCAAGCGGGCUAAGGUCGGGGCUUCUGGGAGUUCAGUUGAUGUUACUCCUUCGCGAAAUGACUUUAUUAUGGAAUAAUUCAUUCACACCUUCCAUCGAGUCAUUCGAGGUAUGGCAAGUGGCCCCAUCUUGCUGGAACCACGUUCUUGAGUUGUAACCUGCAAACUCCUGCAACUCUGGGACCAAAAAAUUUCGCAACAUAUUAUAGUAAAGGUCACUAUUCACAUUGAUUGCUCGGCCACGUUGAUCUUGAAAUAAAGCUAUUUUACGGAAAAGGAAUGUAAAAAAUUACAACCUCAUUAUGUUACUGGUUUUCUAUUGCCAAAUUUUAUAAACCAUUGACGCGGCCUCUAAAAAUCACUUCAAUAUAAAGCCAUCGAUCUUCCAAAUGCCUAAAAAUGCUUGCAAUUCUACAUGGAAAGCCUUGAAAAGUAUCAAAAUGAAUUUGAAUUCCUAAAAUUCGUCAGUGGAAAGUGAAACGUCUAUUUGAUGAAAUUUGCGAGGAUGAACGCCUCCAAGAUCCUGAAAGCUUGUUUGGAGUGAACAUAUUUAACGUUAGACAUCAUUAACCAACUGAGAUUGCCUUAGAAUUAAUGAAAUUGUUUCCAAUUUCAGUAUCCGAUUUAUUGGAAAAAGCUUUAGUAUUUGUUGAUUUAUAUAAAAAAGACAUAUCUAUAUCGUUUUUAAAGGAAAUUCUCAUUUUUCGAUCUGCCUUUAGAAGCGAAAUAAAAACGACAUCUUAUGUAGCUGAUUUAUUAAUCAUAAAGAAUCAUUUUAUUUCUUCAAGCUUUCCUAAACAUCUAUUAUUUUUAACCACUCAUGUGACUACUUAUGUAACUUAUUUAAGAAAUUCCUUGGGACAAAAUAGGUUAAGCAACUUAGCUAUUGUAUCCAUUUAACAUUCUAUAGCCAGAAAUUUGAGUGAUGAUGAUUAACACCUUUGCUGAACAGAAAGCACCAUCCGAUUAAUUUGCCACGGACCUCGAAUUACGCCACUGGUCUGUACCAUAACACAAUGACCAUAGAAUAAAAGCUUUACCAUCGAUCAUUAAGAUCGCGGUCUGAUGGAUACAAGAGGAUAUAUAUAGUUAUUAUGAUAAUGUUUGAUUAAUGCAAUCAUUUGUCCAUAGUUUACAACAACUAGCCAUCAGUAUUUACAAGUUAAGAACAUCUUCAGUACUCAAAAAGGGCAAUAAUCAGGAAAAAGUGUUUAUAAAUGUCUUAAGACGUCAGGAUUUUGUGGGACAGUGUAGAUAAAACAUAAUUUUGAAAUAUGCAAAUGAAAAAAAAAUAUUAAAAACAUUACUAAAAAUCAGAAAACAACAGAACAUUCAUUUAGUUAUUAUAUCAAUGUAACUAUUGCGGGUUUUCAAAAUUUAUUUUUGAAAUAUCAUAGAUGCGCAUAUACGACUCUCUCAUACUAAUGCAUGGUUUCUGUAUAAGAAGAUUUGAUCCCAUUUAUCUUGUAAAUAAAAUAAUUUU